AGGGGUCUGCCAAACCUUUCCCUCUAAUUGACCAGGGAGCAGAAGCAGCCGGGGAUGCAAGCAGCCACAGACGGGGAGAGAGAGACGGACGCAUGGGCUUGUCAAGACGGGAAAGACAGCCCCAUGCUCUAAUGGCUGAUCUCGAACUGUUUUACGUUGAUCACUCCGAUCCGAGAGACACCUCCCUGGUUUUGAAUAAGCCAAGUGUUGUCAACGAGAUCAGCUGCGGGAAGUCACUUCAUCCCGGGGGAGGAGAUGGUUCAGCACCAUGGACAGAGACCCGGAGAGCUGCGCGGCCGGAGGAGGAAACGGAAACAUCUUUCACCUGCCAACACCAAGGUGAUGAUGAAGAUGAUGAUGAUGAUGUCCAGCUGAUAGGGACAAGUCCACAAACCUGCAGACUGAGUCAGAGCUCCUCAAGUGAACUGUACGAGGAGGAGGACAUCCAGGAACUUUACUUGCUGUCCGACGACGACCUCUCCUCUGACGGCUCGGGGAAGUCUGUGGAUUACGGCUUCAUCAUCGCCGUGACAUGCCUGGUGACUGGCAUCUCUUUGGUCGCCAUAUCCUACACGGUCCCCAGGGACGUCCGGGUGGACCCGGACAGCGUGUCCGCCAGGGAGAUGGAGCGGCUGGAGAGGGAGAAAGCCAGGGUGGGGGCCCAUCUGGACCGGUGUGUCAUAGCGGGACUGUGCCUGCUCACCCUCGGGGGCGUGCUGCUCUCCACCCUGCUCAUGAUUUCCAUGUGGAAGGGGGAGAUGAUGAGGAGGAAAGCCUUUGCUUAUUCCAAACACGCAGCAAAGUUGUACGGCUCGAUCAAUUUGAGAGCAGGCUCCAGUCCGACUCGGGAGUCCUGCUCACAUUUGUCAGUGGCUGAUGAGGAUUUAGAAGUGCUCAGCUGAAUUUAUGGACAGGACAAGCGGAAAAGACUCAGAAAAGUGCUUAAGAAAUCCAACGAGUUCUGUCCUUUGAUCGGGGAUGCAGUGGGGGGGUUUAAUGCCGUUUUGUUUCUAACAGCUGAGGCUACGUUUUUGGUUGAUAUGGACACUUAAAAAAAAAAAGAAUUCACAUUUUUUUCAAGUCUGUCUUAAUACAAUACUCACAUGCCCUUAUGUACACAGACAUAAUUUGUGUUUGCUGUAACUGAUCCUUUUGUCCAUAGUGGCCCUGAACAGAUCCAGUCCUAAUCUAAUUCCAGUUCAUCUGAAGCUAACAUGAGGGUUUAGAAGUUGGAUUUGCAGGAGUUCAGACUAAAAACAGACCUGUAAUAAAUCAACACAAGGGGCUUUGUUGGUGAGGGUGAUUUGCUUAAGGUACCAGUUAGACAAUGAAAUACAAUCCAGGAAGUCCAGACUGGGUAACAGAUCCAAGAAUGUGAAGGCUUAUCAGAUACCAAAACCCUGCAGAGAAGUUUAUAAUACUCUGAGACAAGAUUAUACAACUCUGGAAAGUUAUCAGCGUUGUAUUUAAUUUGUUGUUGUGCUGUUACAGUACAAAGUUCACGUGUUCUUUUCAUGCAGGGCUUAAAUCGGUCUGAAUGCAGCCUUUGUCAUAUCUAGUGGGUAUCUUUCAGUCUUUUUAGUACAAACUUACAGACACCAUCUGG